CCCCCUCUCCAUAUUUUCUCCCCUCUCUUCUUACAACCACCGGAUAAAAUCUUAACCUAACUUCUCUGAUCGUCCCUUGACAAUGUCUUCUCCACUCGCCGCAAAAUCCAACCCAACGACUCGCUCCAUUUCGUUAAACAUCCCACACUCAGCUCGUCCCAACCGCCACCACGAUCUCCGGUACAGCCUCUCCGCUGGCCCUCGUACGAACGACGAUCGCCCACCGUCUGGAAACGGCGUCGCGGGGAUCCUGUACAAAUGGAUAAACUACGGCAAAGGAUGGAAACGACGGUGGUUUGUUCUCCAAGACGGUGUGUUGUCGUAUUACAGAAUCCACGGUCCGGAUAAGAUCUCUCUCUCCGUGGAAAUGGAUCGGAGAUCGAAGCUGAUCGGCGGCGAAUCCUUUCGGUUCAUAUGCCGUCAUAGCAAACGUGGUGAUGUUCAUAGUCCUGGCAAACCGCUCGGUCAAAUUCACCUUAAGGUCUCAUCAAUCGGACAAGGCAUAUCAGAGAGCAAGAGAUUCACUGUAUUUACUGGCACAAAGAGUCUGCAUUUACGAGCAGCAUCAAGUGAAGAUCGUACAGCUUGGAUCGAAGCUUUGCAUGCUGUUAAAGAAACGUUUCCAAGAAUGUCAAACGAAGAGUUAAUGGCAACGACAACUAACGUAUCAAUCUCGACCGAUAAGCUAAGACAAAGAUUAAUGAAAGAAGAAGUUGACGAGACAAUCAUCAAAGAUUGCGAAGAUAUAAUGAAAAACAACUUCAUCGCAUUGCAUAAUGAGGUCAUGACGCUUAAACAGUAUCAGUGUCAUCUUGUGGAUACUCUCAAGAACGUUAAUAGUGUACCAGAGCUCGAGUAACAGUUUUUGUAUGAGUUAUCUAUCUCGUCGUUUUAAUUAUCAUCAGUGAUGUUUAAAGUUGUUUUUUUCAUAGAAAUAAA